CGGGCCACACUGGUCGACAUGUCGCCGCCGCUCACUCUGCCGCUAUGUGUCGUCGUCGCUCUCGCCUCACUCGUAUACGUAACAGAGGCGAGGUCGAUGCUACUACAACAGUACGAGCGGGACCGUGAGCCCGACACUCUGGAGGACGACUAUGAACUGCCGAGGCGCCGCAGAGUGGAGGAGGAGAUAUCAUCCCCCUGGCUGGGUCUGGGUAAGCGUCAGCCCAGCUUCACUCCCUAUGUAAGCGUAGGAGUGUUGAGUGACAUGCAGCAGUUCUUCGACAACCUGAGGACCAAUUUGGACAGUCUAGAGACUCUACCGCCAGAGGAACGAGAUGCUCUCAUGGGAAAGUCUGCUCCACCUCCAGGUGUUUGGGGACGCAAGAGACGGAAUCGAAUUACGGGAAUUUCCUUUUACACAAAGAAAGACCAAUACUUCAGGCCAGCUGCCACUGCUGCAUACCUUCAUGCGAUGAGGAACCAACGGCCUUCUUACAAAAUUCGCAAUUUCGUAGAGUCACCUGAACCUGCCACUUUGAGAGGAACAAACCAUUAUGAUCCUUCUUUACUCUGGACUGGUCUGGGAAGACGUAAACGCUAAGUCAAGCAUUCUUCUCCUCUAAAAAGCAUUUUCCAAAUGUAAAAAUCAUAACAAAAUAAUUCAUUACUUUCAAAAUAUUAUAGACUUCAUAUAUAUAUAUGUAUUAUAAUUUUGAACUACACUUUGAAUAUAUCUGGGUAUAUAAUACCCUACUUACUUCCAAAUUAUCUUCAACAAGAACUAUGUAUUGAAAUUCUAUAACUAGGUUUCUAAUUAUUCACAAUUUGCUUAACUUUAAAAAUCUAAAUAGACUUUUAUUGAUAGCAAGUUCAUAUACAUGAUGUGAACAGCACUUAAAAAGAUGUAUUUAGUAACUUAUAUACAUAGAAACUCAAUUCUAUAAUAAAUUAAAAUUACAACUCCUCAAAUGUUGCAACACUUCUUAAUUUUUAAAUCACACCACAAAAUUCAAGAAUUGUGUGAUUGAUAUAGUUCAUUAGAUUUAUUUUUAAAUUUACUUUAUAUUAUUUACAUAAAUGCACUAAAUUUUAUAAAAAGUACAGAUUGAUAACUGUUUAAGUUUCUGAUAAUUUCUACUAUUCAUUAUUUUCUCACUUAAGUAAAGCUGAAGAUAAGAACAAAAAACAAAACCUGGUAUUGUAGAAAUGAAUAAAUUUUUACUAUACCAUUUUUAAUUGCAUCAUCAGGAUUCUAUAAACCCUUACAUUCUACGUUCUAUAGAAGUCACAACUGAUUAAAGAGUAAAAUAAAAAAUACAAAUGUAUGAGUUGAAACAAUAUUUUUUAAAUUAUAACUGUGGAAAUGUUAGAAAUUACAAAUCAGUCAUAUUUAAAACUUCAUGAAGUAAGAAUGUUUAAGAUGUUAACUGACUUAUUGUUCUAUUGUUUUCGACCUUCAGUGUCAUUAUAGGUGUAACUUAGUAUUUGAAUUAUAUAUUUUUGAAUUCUGUGUAUUACUCUAUAGUAAUGUUUUGUUACCCAAAUGGUUUGUGACUUGAUAAUUUUUAAAUAAAAUCAAUAUAAUUUUAUAA